UUCUUUCUCUUCAUUUGCCUUCCUCCCUUGACGACGUUGCGCAAUCUCGCCGUGUUCCUGACCUCACCUACUUUCUAUCCGAACACCUCCGCCGGUGAAUACUUUCUAGACCGGACCUCACCCAUUUCAACGCGCCGGCCAGCUCCGUUCGGCUGCAGCUUUGGUCGCAUUCACUCCUCCGAUUAUCGCGACCGCACUUAUACCGCUUGCGACCGUCAUUUCCAUCUCUGCUCUUGUUUGACGCGACCAUUCUUACACCUUAGGUCCUUCUACAACACUGUCAGCAUGUCUAUCUCCGGCCUUUCGUUCUGGUUCUGGCGGUUCUGCGAGAUUCUCACGUUGAUCCCGACACUGGGCAUGAUGGCCUACUUCGUCAAUCUCUUCGUGUCGCAGAACAUUCUGACGCCAGACUACAUUCUGGUGCUCUUCAUAACGAGUGUGCUGGCGACGGCAUGGGCUAUUGCGACCAUCAUUCUAUACGCCAAGGCGCGACAUUCGGCCUUCUUAGUCGCGAUGGUCGAUCUCGGAUUCGUUGGCUGCUUCAUCGCUGGCGUGUAUCUGCUGCGAUUUAUUGCUGGCGCAAAUUGCACGAGCUGGGAGGACACCAACUUCUCCUUCUCCGUCGGCGAUGUCACCGUGACUGGCCCGGGAGGAUAUUUCAAUACAGACAAGAAUUGCGCAAUGCUCAAGGCGAGCUUUGCAUUCGGUAUCAUGAACUGCAUCAUGUUCUUCUUCACCUUUUUCCUUGCUCUCUUCGUACACCGUCACCACCGUGGCGAGACGACUAUUGUUCGCGAACGUCACGUAUCUCGUCACAGCCAUCGUCGAAGCCGCGAUUACGAUCGCAGCCCUCGCCGGUCGCACCACAGUAGUCGACGAACCUACGUUUGAAAUCAGAUGACAAACGAAAACACAUGUAUUGCAUUAUGGGACAGGGGUACAUUGCGAGGCGCUGUUGGGGGCAUGUCUGCCAUUUCGUGCGACGUGGCAGAUGUAAAUCGCAUCUGUGCUGUGAAAGUAUGUGUGGAUAUGGGUGGUUUCGACCGGAUUUUUGGAACUGGACUAUGUAUCAAGUGAUUUCGUAUCGAUGAGGACCUGUGGGAUUG